AUGCCUAAGAACAAGGGGAAGGGAGGAAAGAACAGGCGUAGGGGAAAGAAUGAGAACGAGGAGAAGCGGGAGCUGAUCUUCAAAGAGGAUGGCCAGGAGUACGCUCAGGUCCUGCGCAUGCUGGGCAACGGCCGCCUCGAGGCCCAAUGCAUCGACGGCACCAAGCGGCUCUGCCACAUUCGCGGCAAGAUGCGCAAGAAGGUGUGGGUCAACGCGGGCGACAUUGUGCUGGUGGGGCUGCGGGAUUACCAGGACGCCAAGGCCGACGUCAUCCUCAAGUACAUGGCCGACGAGGCGCGCAGCCUGAAGCAGUACGGCGAGCUGCCGGAGCACAUCCGCGUGAACGACACCGACGCGAUGAUGGAGGGCGAGGACAACGAGAACGCAGAGUACUUCGACUUCGACGACCUGGCAGAGAUUUGA